AUGAGCAAAGAAGAGUAUUAAAAAUAAGAAGACGCUCCUGAUGCCAAUGCUUAACCAACUUUGGGAUAAGUUUAGUAGCAAAUAAAGAGGAAAAAUAAAAAGAGAGCAAUUUUAAACCCAUAAUAGAGUACGGGACAUUGGAGUGAAGAAGAACAUAAAACAUACAUCAAUUUUCUCAAUGUACAUCGAUCAGUCAUGGAAUCCUCAGACUAAAAAAAAACCUCUAAAAUAUUUAAACUCAUGAGUGAAACAAUUGGAACAAGAAGUCCUUCAUAAUGUAGAUCUCACCAUCAAAAAUUUAAUCCUUUCUCUCAUCAAGUAAAAAAGAGGUAAAAAGGAGCUGGCCGCAAGAAAAAAGAAAGUAACUCUUAGGUAGAUAAAAAUAACAAUGGAUUCAUGGAAAAUGCUUGCUUUCCUUAAUUUAUGUUUUAACCUUCUGCUACCUAUUUCCCAUAAUAACCUUUUGAUUUUCAGAUGAUGCAACUCCAAUAGGUUCCUCUAAUGAUGCAAUAUUUGGAUCAAAACAAUAAAGACGAUGAAAAAUUGGUUUUAUAAGAUCCAUCUGUUUGUUUUCAUCAAUUUAUUAUGAAUCCUCAACAAAUAUAUGAUGAGAAGAACUAAUUUUACAAUUUUGGUUUUCCACACCCUUAACAAAUGCAAUUUAACUUUAAUUACUUUUAACAAUUGCCAAAUGAAUUUUAUGGUGCCAACUCAGCUGAAAUUAUCCAAAAAGAUAAUUAAUCAGAAGAACAAUGAUUUAAUUAGAUAUAUAUAGUUAUAUUUUGAUUCAGAGA